AGGUUCAAAAACCAAUAUGGCGUCUUCACGGCCUACUAGUGGUUUUAGCGGAGAUGGAGGACGAAGAAGUGGGUCAAACAACAGACCACCGAGUGGGAAAAAACAGAAUGUCACCCAACAGUUAUUGAGCAAAGAAGAAGAAUAUAUGCGUUUGAAUGCAGAAAUCGAACAAAAAACAGCCAGUCUGAUUAAAGAAGCUGAAGAAGUUAUGCAAGAUCAAGAUAAGUUGUUGACUAGACCUGCUACCAUUACAGAUCUCUCAGGCUCAGCAGAUUUAGAGGAUUUUUUAUCUUUGAGUAUUGGUGCUUCAAUCCCUAUGUCAAAGCCAGGUUCAACCACACCUAAUCAGAGCAGACCAGUAUCUAAGAAUAAAAAGAGGCCAAAAUCAAAAACUGGGGUAGAUAACAGACCAAAAUCUGGUGCUCCGAGAUCCAAAAGUGCACAAAAACCUUCAGCAAACAAUGUAGUUGUAGAUGAUAUCCUGGCUGAGAGGAUUAAUCUGGCUACAAAGAUCAGCAGUCUUGAAGAUGAGGCAAAAGAUGAGAGCUUUAUCACUACUACAUCUUAUGCCGAUGAUGGUAUAUUACCAACUGGAGCUGAAGACAUGGGUUCAGAGGCCACAAUACGUUUCUUGAAAGCCAAACUACACGUAAUGCAAGAAGAAAUGGAUCGUUUAUCUUCAGAGUGUUCUAACAAGGAUGAUCAACUUGGAUCUUUGCAAGGUCAAGUUAAAGAGCUGACAGAAGAACAAUCUAGGUUACAAAAGACAAAUACAUCUUUACAGUCACAAAUCGAGAAGCAUAAAAAACUUUACGCAGAAUCAAAAAGCAAGAACGAUAGUUUGGAACAACUUCUCUCUUCAACAAAAAAGGAGCUCGAUAGCAUACAAAGAGAACAGAAGCAGUUUGUAUCCAAUAAAAAUGCUACCGAAGUCAGAUUAAACCGUGCACUUGAAGAAAUAGACAAAUACAAAACAGCAUUACAUAAGGCCAAGACAAGCUCCAAGGAUUCUAGUGAUCAAGAUAGGCGCAGACUUGAUCAGAUCCUGGCUGAGAGCAAACGUUUAGAAAAACAGAAGAAUGAGUUGAUGACAGGGUUUAAGAAGCAGAUGAAGCUUAUUGAUAUAUUGAAAAGACAGAAGAUGCAUAUCGAAGCUGCAAAAUUGCUUCAAUUCUCGGAAGAAGAAUUUGUCAAGGCUCUAGACUGGGGGAACUGACACCUGAUAUCACAGGGGAUUGAAGAGCAGAUUUGGUGUGCAUCUAUUAAACUAUCCUCUCGAUGUUCAAUGCCGCUAUAUGAACCGAUGAUGGGGCACCGUUGUGUAACAUUUUAUUGACGUCACUGCACCCUCCCCCCCCCGCCCGCCUCCCCUCCCACACACCCUCACCCUCACCAUCCCUCCUCCGGAAAAUAUCAAAUGUUCUGAUUGAAUAGAGCUUCGUUAAAAGGUUUAAGGCAUGUUAAAUAUAUAAUGUUUAUUUAUUGAUUCCAAGUUAUUUCAUGCAAGCUACUGCAGAAAACCAUAUUGAUUUCUGCAAUUCUGUCGAAUUAUAUGUAAGGUUGUAGUGAAAAGGCGUCGUCAUUGGUUAGUUCGGGCGUGCCGGCUGUUAAUAACUAGCGGCUAUCAUCAGCCGUGCUAAAUUUUCAUGGUUUAACAAUGGAAUGACUUCUUAUUGAAAAAACACAAAUGCGUAGAAAAAAAUCA